CCUCAUCCUGCACUCACACACAUGACACUCAAGAAUGGCAUUAGUGAAAAUCUCGGUUUCGCUCGCUGAAGGAUGACCAGAUAUCUCUAGGAUUUUCUUCACUUUUUAAGACAUGAAACGUCGGACGUCAUCACAGAACUCUGGCAUUGGAGGCACUCCAAGUGAUUGUGACAUCAUGGCCUCAGGAUCUCCAGAUGUCACAGUCUCUACUGAACCAUCAGAAGCAGCAGAAGAGUGUUCAGGGAAAAAGAAGUCCAAAUUCCAGACGUUCAAGAAUUUUUUUGUGAAGAAAAAGAGGAAGGAAAGUCCUGCACCAUCGAGUGAAAGUGAUUUAAAGGCCAGUCAAUCGAGUGAUGAUGUCAACACCUCAGAGCCAACCAUCAGCCACGCCAACAGCGACAAUGACCGCGGAUCCAAGAUCAACUUGGGAAGCAAAGCCAUGUCACAUGAUAGUGUCUUUGUGUCGGAUUCGCCCUCAUCAGAGACUAAUGAGGGUCUGGGGGCGUCCCAGGACAGCAUUCAUGGGAAAGUGAAAUCUCUACAGCUGCAGCUGAAGCAGGCGAUUCGUCUGGGCUCUCCACCAUCACUCCUGUGCGGGAGGAAAGGAGAGGACGGAGGGGCUCUUUCUGAAGAUGAUGGUCUUCCCUGCAGCACUGUGCUGGCCACACCUCCUCACUCAUUGGUGGAUUUGACCCAGAGUUCUUUGAGCAUUGAGGCUUCAGACAGUGAAGAUGAUCAGAUGUCUUAUGAAGCUUCUUCGAGACCCGGCACACCUCAGGGCUCCGUCCUCGUAGACUUCAGUUUGCCCGCCAGCUCCGUCUCCUGCUUAGACAACUCAGCUGCCCAUCACCGCAUCGCUGUCAAAGCCAACGCUUGUGUCAAGAGAAAGCCUGCCAGCAAGCAAAUGUUGGACAAGAGAAGAGACCUGAGAGAAAGAGUUCUUAUCAAGCAAAAAACUAUUCAUAUGUUUGGGGUCACUAAGGAAGAGAAAAAGAGCAGCGACUCUGGCCAGUGUCAGAAAACUUCUCCAACAUCCUCCAUCUCAGCCGGAGACGUCUCUGAAGGAGAGGAACAUCACGUCUCCAGGUCUGAGGUCCCAGAAUCCUCUUGGGAGAGUCCAGUAACACUCGAGCUGCAGGCCGAUGACUUCCUGUUGGACACAGGAUGUGAGGUCGUUCCUGAGGAGCAGGGGUCAUUGCUGGAGGAAGUGUUGAGCUCCCUGAAGAGCCCUCUUGCAUCAGGACUAGCACUGGAGCAUGAGAACAUGCUUCUUCAGAGUGAGGUGGAAUACAUAAAUAGUGAGAGCAUAGUUUCUCGGCUUGAGGAAGACAACAAAGAUCUUCUCGAUUCCUCAGAGCCUAUGGUGACCACAAAGGAGCAGGCUCCUCUGCCAGACUCGCUUUCAGAGUCAUCUGUAGAUUCAGGAGAGAUCUCCGAGGAGACCACAGAGGAAGAGGAGCUGCUGGAGGUGCCAGAGUCUGCUGAUGACGAGAAACAAGCAGACAAGGCUAAGAGUGCCAAAGAGGAUGAAGAGUUAUUAGAAUCACCAAAAGCUUUUGCAGUAAAUGUGACAGAACAAGAUGAAGAUGCUGUUGAGGAUGAAGAUGAAAUGGAGACCGAAACUGAAGACGCUGGAGAUGAAGAUGAUGAAUUGACGGUGGUGGCACCUGAGAAAAGGGAGGACUCUACUAAUGAUGUUAGAGGUCAGACAGGUUCUCUAGAGCCUGAGAAAGAAGAGACUUCAGGUGACCAAAGAGAAUCAUCUGUAAUCGAUGUGGAGAACAUUCCCGAGUCUGAUCCGACAGUCAGUGAUGAUGUCUGGAGCUCAUCAGACACCAGCGAUGAGCCUGAAGCCUCUGAAGCUCCACCAGAGACGCCCGUUGAGGUCUUUCUUUCUACUGUGUGUCCUGUGCUAGAGAGUCCAGUUCUCCAUUCUCAGUUCUCGGAUGCUUUGAUGUCUCCUGUAGAGCAGGAAGAGGAGCCAGAGCCCAACAAGCUAGAUGUGUCUGGUGAGCCUCAGGAGGUGUCUUCAGAAGAACUUGAGGUUGUUUCUGAGCAGCAAGACCAGCAAGUUUUUGAGUCAGCUACAAGAGAAAUGAUGAGAAUCGAGGAAGUUCAACCUCAGUUCACCAUCACCCCUGCGUGGCAAAGGUCAUUAGCUUCUGGAGACGCCCAAGAGCAGUCCCAGACCAUCUCACCGGUGCCACCAGAGACUAAUGCUUCUAAUGAAUCUCCCCAAACAACUGAACUCACUACUCCUGUAAAAGAAGAACUGCCCAAAGCAGCCCGAACUCAGAGUUCCCCAACAGAGACGGCCCAUGCUCCAGAAGAGACGGGCCCAGAGAACCCGUUUGGAGUGCGUUUGAGAAAGACUCCAGUCCUGCACCGCUAUGGUUUAGAUGGAGAAUCGCCUUGGACCGCCGUGCAAACAGAGUCUUCAGUGGCGCAGGAGACCCUGGACCAUGAGCAGAGCAGCAGGAAGCCCAUCCUGCCAAAGAAGCCCGAUCUGCUAGUUGACACUGUGAUGUCGGCCAGAAAAAUCCCAGACACAGUGGGAAGAAUAUCUGUUGGUAGCACCGAGUCUCCGAGCUGGAUCUCUGUGGCCAGACAGAAGCAGAGGAACUUCAUCGAGAACUCACCAGAAAACUCUCCAGAGAAACUUCCCGCGCAGGUUUGUGCUCUUCCUUUAUAUAACGAACAAAUAUGUCAUGUUAAAUCUUGCCUGGAUCUGUUUAAUUUGUUCUGCUCCCUUGAACUGAACAACACAUCGAUGGUAGAGAAGGAAAGUAAGAGAAGUGCUAACCCGUCCGCUGCACCUUUGGCCCAAGAUGAGCCUCCCUGGCUGGCUCUCGCUAAGAAGAAGUCCAAAGCAUGGAGUGAAAUGCCCCAGAUCGUCCAAUGAAAAUC